AUGGCCGGUCCGCCCACGAUGAUGGGAUGCACGACGUGUGACGUCACAGCUAUCGUGCCUCUGCAGCGACGAGUCAGUGGUCAAGCAAGCGAAAUGGUGUUCAAUCCGGCGAGGACGAAAGUACAGCUGAAACUGGCUAGUCAGCGUUCGAGAAUGCUUGCGGCCAAGCAGGAAGUUUUGUCAAAGAAGUCGAGGAGGGAGAUUGCGACGCUGCUCGAGAGAGGCAAGAUGGAGUCUGCCAGGAUACGCACAGAGACCGUCAUCGCCAACGACAUCUCUAUAGAGCUGCUUGAGCUUAUGGACCUCUACUGCGAGCUUCUCACUGCUCGGUUCGGACUUCUCGAAACUCAGCGAGAAGUCGACGCGGGCAUAGCAGAGGCAGUCAAUGGCAUCAUCUAUGCUGCACCGAGAACGGAGCUCAGAGAGCUGCAUGUAUUGCGCGAAUUGCUCAUGGCGAAAUAUGGCCGCGAGCACUCGAUGGCCGUCAUGGACAAUCGCGACGGCAUUGUCACCGAGCGUGUCACAGCAAAGCUCAAAGUAGAAACGCCAAGCAGAGAGCUUGUCGAUUUGUACUUGCUCGAGAUUGCCAAGGCAUACGGUAUCGAGACGGCUCUGGAGCCGCCUGCUUUGGAAAGUCCAGGGAGGCCCUCGAUCGCCUCGCGGGUCAGCCAGGAUGCCGUCAAGUUGCCGCAGGUGCCCGCGCUUGCGCCAGCAGAUGAAGGGCCCACCAUCACCAUCAAGACAAGCCUCCCAUCUGCUGCAGCAUCGCCGACAAUCAAGCCAGACGAAGCACAGGCAAAGCUCGACGAUCUUGCCAAGCGCUUCGAGGCGCUCCGUCGGCGUGAGACUGUCACCGGUGCCAUGUUGUACUCUCCAUACGAGGAUCUGAGACAUCCAGAUCUCGUCGAUUGGAUGCAGCCGCGAGCGCGUCACAACGAGACGGCCGCCAGGACUUCUUUGUUCGGCUGUCCGACGAUGCGACGUCCGCGAUGGUGUGUCUGCACAUGCCUGCUCGUGUUGGCUCAGCAAGCCUUUGCCCACGGCGGAGAAGGUCAUGGCGAGACCAAACGGGACGCGAGCUAUGCUGAAAGACAUAUGGCUUCUGAGCAUCAUAUCGACACUUUCGAUCUAGCAUCCUUCUUCCACCUCCACGACCUCAACAGAGACGGCAUACUCGACCAGGACGAGCUGACUGCACUCUAUGGCGUGCAUCAUGAGACAUCAAAGUCAGCCAGCAAGCAACAGGAGCGGUCGCACGAUGACAAGGCGAAGGAGAUCAUGGACAAAGUCAUGGCGACUCUCGACCUCAACAAGGACGGCGUCGUCACCAAGGCAGAAUUCCUCAGCGUCGGCAAGGAGGGCUUGCCUGACUUCAAGGAGGAAGGUCUCGGGCAUCACUAUGAUGUCGAGGGCGAGUACUACUUACACCACGAGGAGCUCUACCACAACACGCCGGACACCCAAGAAGAGGGCGCUUACACUCACAAAGAGGACCUGGAACACUUUACGAGACAUGAAGCGAUUGAGCGAGCAGAAGCAGAUGCUGAUCUCAAAGCCCAAGGUCUGCCACCAACUGAUCCUUCGAAACCGCUCGAAGAGCAGCUCCCCCAUGACACAAAACUGGACGAGGUUCAGCCGGCCGCAGAUCAGGGCAGUCAGCAAACAUUCCAGACGAGUCCAAACGGCAGCGAAAACGCCAAAUCGGGUGAAAGCGCUCGUCGAUUGCGCGCUCAGGCAGCCGAUCGCCAGAUACAAAAGUUGGCUUCAGACGUCAAGGAGGCGAGCAAGAGAGGCGCAUAUGCAGCAGACGGGCGCUUUGGUAAGCCUCGUGAUGCUGCAGACCGUAUGAGGCGCAAUAUCCCUUACAAAUAUCGGCUGAAGUCGUCCUGGUUCGGCGACUUUUGA